AUGUCGCUUACCCAUAUACUACUUGGAUACGUCCAGAAAUUUGUUGCCCGACAUGUUAGCAAAGUAUCUAUUGUAUCUCCUGGCAGCUUGCGGCGGGACGGCGUUGACUCUGGCACUGGAUUGCCAACCAUCUGCCUUUACGUCGCUCCUCCCGGCCAAUGCCUCUGUCCUUUUUGCUGCUUCCCACGGUCCCAAUUCCACGUUCGGUCAGCAUACGAUCCGAGUUUCCCAACCGGUGCCGAAUACGCGACGAACCUGCCCGCGUUUUGUGCUGUUCGUGUCAACGUCACCUCAUCCUCUUCUUCGUCAUUCACGCUCGGUCUCUUCCUCCCUACGGCACAAGCUUGGAACGGCCGGUUCCUUGCUGUCGGUAACAGCGGCUUUGCAGGAGGCAUCAACUGGGUCGACAUGGGCGCGGGCUUGCAGUAUGGUUUUGCGGUCGUGUCGACCGACACGGGACACAAUGCCAGUUUCCUUGACGGGAGCUGGGCUUUCCACGCGCCGGAGAAAGUCAUCGAUUAUGGGUAUCGCGCUUUGCACGAGACCGUCGUGCUCGCAAAAGACCUCGUCAAAGGUUACUACUCGGGCCCGAUUGCCUACUCCUACUAUUCCGGUUGUUCAACAGGAGGUCGCCAGGGGCUGGUCGAGGUCCAGAGGUAUCCUGCCGACUUUGACGGCGUACUCGUCGGUGCUCCUGUAUGGUGGGUUUCGCACACGCAGGCCUGGUCGGUCAAAGUGGGAACGUACAAUCUGCCCGUCAACAGCUCGAAGCACAUCCCCCCGUCCUUGUUUCCGGUCAUCAGCGCCGAGGUCUUUCGACAGUGCGAUGCUGUUGACGGAUUGGCCGACGGGAUCAUCACCAACCCAAGAGCUUGCGACUUUCAUCCUGAAACUCUGCUCUGCAGUCCUUCCUCCAAUAAGUCGGCAUGUCUGACUUCGGAUCAACUGUCGACAUUGGAUCAGAUAUACUCUGAUUAUGUUGAUGUCAACCAGACAUUUGUUUUCCCGCACUUGGAAAUGGGCUCCGAGGCUCAAUGGUCGGUGUAUCUGUCGGGAGAUUCUCCCGGAGAAUCGGGCCUGGACUACAUGCGGUACUGGGUGCUCAAUGAUUCGACUUGGGCCUGGCAGGAUUACUCAUACGAAGAUGCCGUCCUGGCAGAGAAGAUCGACCCGGGAGCUUGCGAUGCCGACAACUUUGACAUGUCAGCAUUUCAGGCUCGAAAGGCCAAGAUUCUCCACUACCACGGCCUAGCAGAUGGGUUCCUCCCCACGGGGUCAAGUGAAUACUUCUACAAUCAUGUCCUUCGGGCGCUCGUCCCCAAGGGUGUCGAGCUUGACGACUGGUACCACUACUUCCCGGUGCCAGGUAUGCAGCACUGUGCCUUGAGCGUCAACGAUGCCCCCUGGUACUUCGCCGGGCCCAACCAGGCGUCAGUCCUGGGAACUGGGGUGCAUUCAACCCCGGGCUUUCAAGAUCCGAAGCAUGACGCUAUUCUGGCGCUCAUGCAAUGGGUGGAAAAGGGUCAGAGAGUCGACGAGUUGGUCGCGACCAAGUUCGUGAAUGAUACCGUGUCUGCGGGGGUCCAACGUCAGAGAAAGCUAUGUCCGUACCCGAAAACGGCGAAGUACACAGGCAAUGGUAGUGUGGAUGAUGCGGCAAGCUUUGUGUGUAUGUAG